GCCUUAUCGUGCAUGCUACAUUACUUGUUUUUCACAGUGCCUCCAUUGGAUUGGGUUUGGGCACUACCACGUUGCUUUUCAAAGCCCUGCAUAUGCUUCCUCUCCAAUCCUGCGUGUAAUCUAAUCUCGCACUUUCUUGUUCCUUUUCAUUGCUUGCAAUGAACAAUAGUAUAGUGCAUCGGUGCAUUGUUCUCCUUCCUCCUUACACCGUCACUCCAUCGUGGCAUGUUCAAGUGCGCAAAAUAGCGGAAUCCCAUCAAGUCCCAGAAUCCAGCAAAGCGUCGGGCAGCACCACAUAUUCCCCUUCCUAACCAGGCUUGACGCUUGGCUCCCGUGGGAUAUCAACAUGUAUCUCGCCUACGCCAUACUCCUGUAAUGCAUUUCCGGACCUGUUAGAUCUCCGCUCGCUAAAGCAAAAGCAAAAGUAGAGAAAGAAGACUUCUGGAACUAGAACUAAGCCAAACGCUGUGCUGUGAAAUACCAAUCUGUAUUCUGUUUUUGGUCGAGUGAAUGUUGUAGCUGCUGUACUUACAUACCCUGCGUAUGCACGUUGGUGUUACGGCGUUGAGUAAGGUAAGGCUUUCAUUAUUGGAUGAAGCUCUUUUGGAAAGUUGUGGGGGCGAGAGAGUUUAAAGUCGAGAAGGGAAAUGGGAAAUGGGAAAUGGGAAGUAGGUAUUAAAAUUGAAAUUGAACGUCUACUAGCAGGGGAAUCGGAAAGCAUAAUUAAGGAGCGAAAAGAUAGUUGGGAAAGAUACCACUGCCGAAGAGGAAAACAUAAGACAAGGUCAAAGAGCAAGCUUGUUCUAGAACGCCCAACUGAGCUUGAAGUAAAGACUAGAGAUCCUUUUACCAGAGGGAGGAUGGGUAUUCAUAGCAUUUCUCAGCAUAGGGCCUUACAAAUGCGACUACUCAGCACCGAAUCGCGAAAUGCCUCGUUUCGUACCGCCGAUCACAGUUGAAUUUGCAGAGAGCAAGAUCGAUGAUAAUCCUGUGCAGCCGAUGUUUGACAUCGAGGAAGAUGCAGGGACGUAUAUGUUAGUGGGAACGUGGGAGAAUGUGGAUAUGAUGGAGUUGGAAGAGAGUGUCAAGGUCCGAGAUGGGCGUGUGAAGGAGAUGAGUGCGGGAAUGGAGGGGGGAAAGGAGGAAGCAAAUAAGGAGUCGAAUGCUCGUGAAGAACAUGAGGGGAAGCUUGACAGGAGAAGAAAUUAAGGUUCAGGAAAGAACGAGAGUGUUGGUACGGUCUAUGAAUUUCUGAAGGAAGGUCUGGAGGCUAGUAAAUAUAUAUCAUGAGUUUUGUUGGCAGUUCUCAUAAUCAAUGUGCGGAUUCA